AUGACUAGAGGAUUCUCGCCAAGAAAUUUAAUAGGAUUUGGUAGUUUCGGCUCUGUUUAUAAAGGAAUUGUUGAUCAAGAGGAAAUGAUAAUUGCUAUCAAGGUCUUGAACCUUCAACAAAAAGGAGCUUCCAAGAGUUUCAUGGCCGAAUGCAAUGCGCUAAGAAAUAUACGGCAUCAGAAUCUUGUUAAGAUCUUAACAUGUUGCUCCAGUAUGGACUAUAGUGGUAAUGAGUUCAAAGCUCUAGUUUAUGAAUUCAUGGCAAAUGGAAGCUUAGAGAAGUGGCUGCAUCGAGAUUUAGACAAAGAAAAUCAAUCAAGAAAUUUAAACCUUCUUCAAAGACUAUAUAUUGCAAUUGAUGUCGCUUCUGCACUACAUUAUUUUCAUGACUACUGCGAAAGACCAAUUAUUCAUUGCGAUUUAAAGCCAAGCAAUGUUCUUCUUGAUGAUGACAUGAUUGCUCAUGAAAGAAAGAGACCCAUUGACAAAAUGUUUGAAGACAAUUUCAACCUGCAUAACUUUGUUAAGAUGGCAUUGUCAGAAAGACUUAUGCAGAUUGUAGAUCCAAACCUUCUCACAAGAGAAGUAAAUGAAAUGUCAAUUCCAGUAGAAAACGAUAGGUACAAGUAUCAUGAUCGAGAUGAUAUUGAGGAGGAGGAAGAGGAAAGUCACAUUGAGAACCUAAGCUAG